CGUCUGCAGCACGCUCUGUUUACACACGCACAAUCACCGUGUGAUCGGGACCGGCGCGGACUUUCUCAUUUAUCUCAUCGUGCGCACCACUGCAGCAGAAGGGCAAGAGGAACUCCAGGGAGGAUCAUUCAAUUAUAAUCCACUGACCCUCCUGGGAAAAAGGGGACUUAACUCACACCUGUCCAAGGAGAUACUUACUCGCGUCAAACUCAUAGGGAGAAAAAAAAAAAAAAUCGGUAUCAUUUCGCGUUUAUAACCUUGGAACUCGUAACUGCUGUGUGGUGAGGAUGGGACUGUUCCUUGUCUCCAUCGCCCUCUGCGUACACCUCGCUGUCCCGCAUCUCGUCAAAGCAGCAGAUGGUGAGGAUCCGACUUCAGCAGGACCCUGCCAUCCAAACCCUUGUCACAAUGGAGGCACCUGUGAAAUCAGUGAAACAUACAGGGGUGACACAUUCAUUGGAUACAUCUGCAAAUGCCCCCAAGGCUUCAACGGGGUCCACUGCCAACACAAUGUUAAUGAAUGCGAAAGAAACCCAUGCAAAAACGGUGGGAGCUGCACAGAUUUGGUUGCGAACUAUUCCUGUGAAUGCCCAGGGGAAUAUAUGGGAAGAAACUGUCAGUACAAAUGUUCCGGUCCUCUUGGCAUGGAGGGUGGAAUCAUCUCCAACCAGCAGAUUAUGGCCUCCUCCACUCACCGAGCUCUCUUUGGCCUCCAGAAAUGGUACCCCUACUUUGCCCGGCUGAAUAAGAAAGGUCUAGUGAACGCCUGGACAGCAGCCGAGAAUGACAGAUGGCCCUGGAUUCAGAUUAACCUACAGAGAAGAAUGCGGGUCACAGGAGUGAUAACCCAAGGAGCCAAGCGCAUCGGGAGCCCAGAAUAUGUUAAAUCGUAUAAAGUGGCCUACAGCGAUGACGGAAAGACCUGGAGGACUUACAAAGUCAAGGGCACGGACGAAGAUAUAAUCUUCCGCGGUAAUAUUGAUAACAACACCCCAUAUGCCAACUCCUUCACCCCCCCGAUCGAAGCUCAGUAUGUGAGGAUCUACCCCCAAGUGUGCAGGAGACACUGCACUCUUCGCAUGGAGCUCCUGGGUUGUGAGCUCACGGGGUGUUCUGAGCCAAUGGGGAUGAAGUCUGGCCACAUUCAGGACUACCAAAUCACAGCUUCCAGCAUCUUCAGAACUCUUAAUAUGGAUAUGUUCACAUGGGAGCCUGGGAAAGCAAGACUGGAUAAGCAAGGAAAGGUCAAUGCUUGGACAUCUGGACACAGUGACCAGUCCCAAUGGCUGCAGGUUGACAUGCUUCGGCCAACAAAAAUUACAGGCGUCAUUACCCAGGGGGCUAAAGACUUUGGACAUGUUCAGUUUGUUGGCUCCUACAAGGUGGCCUACAGCAAUGACGGCGAGAGAUGGCUUGUAUAUCAGGAUGAAAAACAGAAGAAAGACAAGGUCUUUCAAGGAAAUUUUGAUAAUGACACCCACAGAAAGAACGUGAUAGAUCCUCCCAUCUAUGCCAGGUUCAUUCGAAUCCUUCCGUGGUCAUGGUACGGAAGAAUCACUUUGCGUGCAGAGUUACUAGGAUGCACAGAGGAAGAUUGAAUACCUUUAUUCAUUGUUCCCUUUGGUACACUUUGGUCCAUACUCAAUAUAAACUGAGCUUACAAAUAUAAAAUUACAAGAAAAAUUGUUUCAGCAAUUUUUUUUUUCAGUUUUUAUAAUAUUAUUUUUUUUCUUUUCUUUUUUUUCUUUUUUAUAGUUUUCCCAAAGAGGGGUUUAGAAUCUGUCCAUUCAUCUUUAUUCUGCCCUGUUUGUUUGUCCUUUUUAUGGUCUCUGCCAUUUAGUUAAUAUAAUUUCUAAAUGAUAAUUUUUCUUUUCUUGUUUUGUUUUGAUGAGCUAAAUGGAUGGUGGGGGAUAGUUUAUUGUGGUUUAAACAGUGGAACAAUAGCCACUGUACAGUGUCACUUUAAACAAAAACAAAAAAUGGCAUGCAAUGUUUCUUUGGCCAUAAUCAAUCAACCAAUCACAACAUAUAAUGGAAAAGUCUAACAAUGUAAAAUAUGUUUCUACUUUCUUUAUAACAGCAGGCCUGACUGAAAUUCAAACAGCCAGCACUGACAUUGUUGUGUAGACAAAAAUAUGAUGGUAUUGUAAUAUAUAUAAAAUGCAAAAUAACUGCAUGACUCAUAAAUGAUACUAGAAAUAUAAGACAAAAAGAUGUAUAAGUAAAAAUUUCUCCAAAUGAAGCAUUUCAUAGAUUGUUUUUAUCAAUCAUUUAAAUUUUUGUAUGAUCUGUUUUCCUGUACUUUUCUAAAGACACUGUUAUGUGCCACAUAAUGUAAUAACAUACCAUAAGUAAGAUGGUAAAAAUUGAAUAAAAAAUAACACUACAGUACUGGAAGCACCCAUAACUAGAUUAACAAUUUUUCAUACAUAGACAUCGGGCUUAUAAAGGCAAUAGGCAAAGGUACUUAUGCAAGCAGUCUGUAACAAAGACAACAUUUUUUCUUUCUUUUUAAGAAAAUAAUAUCUGUGGAAAGUACUCUUUUAGAAGCUUUUUUGUGUUGAUUUAUACAAUAUUAUUUGUGUAAAACAUUCAGAUGUCUCUGUUUUUCAGGCUGUUUGCCUAUCACUUACCUAUACUACUGUAUUCCCCCCCCCCCCCCCCCGAUUAUAAAAACCUCAGGAUAGAUGUCAUCUUUUUUUAGUACAGUCGUACAAUUGAAAUGAACUUUGUCGGAAUGCAAAAUCCCUUUGAAUUAUCCCACAUUUUUAUGUGCUUGUUAGGAAAUGUGAAGGAAUAUUAACUUACAAAAAGCUUGUUGACUACACUAAGUGGGAUUAUUCUUUUUCCCUUUGCAUAUAAUAAAGGCACCAUUAAAUAACAGCAUCCACAUAUGAAAAGAAUAGAUACAGAUGUUUAUACAGCUGUUAGUUAUUUAUUGAAAUAUAGUUAUUCAUUGAAAAGGUGAGCAUCAGUGGGUUGUGAAAUCACUGGAAUGAAUUGUUUUAUUUGAUACUCUUUUAGAAAUUAAGAAUAUACAGGUCUGAUAACAAAUAUAAGUUACAUACAACAACCCAUGUGUUGGGGGAGGGGGGUGGGGUAGAAUUAUUUGUACAGUAUUGAAUGUGACUUAAAAAAAAAAAAAAAAAAAAAGAUGUCCAAAAUGUGUAGACAUCAAUUCAGCAUAUACUGUAUCAUACACCAGGAUCAGCAUAUACAUCACAUACUGUAACAUAUUUUCUAACUGAUAAGUGUUGGUUUCAUAUGUGUAUCAUGAUUAUAUGGAGGUAAUAUUAGUACUUCUUGUCUAACAUUUCCCUGUGUCAGUGAGAUUAUUCUCUAAACUGUUCAGAUGACUUGUGUGCACAUUUGUACAGACUUUUGAGGAUGACCAUCUAUGAAGAAAAAAAGUCAUAAUAUGAGGUCCACAGGCACAUUUUUAAAAUAAUAAAUAAGAAUAUUGGUGGGUCUGAUAGUCCAGCAUUUCCUUUCCAUGUGCUGUGAAAAGUGAUUGUUUGAAAACAUGUAUAGCUCAAUUCAAGAGAGACCUCGUGGGCCACACUUUUUGAUUUUGCAUUUUUCCUAUGCUGUCUUUAAAAAAAAAAAAAAAUGUCAUUUUUCUUUUUUUGUUAAUUCCGUGUCAAGCAAAUUCUAUAUGGUAAAACAAACCACAAAGGUGUAGAAAGGAGGACUGCCAUUGCUACCAAUAUAGACAGGUCUUUGGUUUGACAAAUAAAAAAGAAACAUCUGUGAAA